UUUCUUCUGUGAGUUAUAUCGCCAUGGCGUCAAUACCUUACAACUUAUUAGUUAUUUCUGGUAUAUCUGGACGGUAUCCUGAGGCUCAAUCUUUGGAAGAAUUUUGGUUCAACCUGUUGAACGGUGUUGAUGGUGGAACUAUCGAUGAUAGAAGAUGGCCAACUACUUUGCCAAAUAUACCUAAAAGGUUGGCCAAAGUUCCUAAUAUUGGCUUUUUUGAUGCAGAAUUUUUCAAAAUACCUGCAGAAUCUGUAUCAACCAUUAUUCCAUCAAUUCGUGUUUUGCAUGAGGUUAUAUACGAAAUGUUUAUUGAUGCUGGUUUCACCCACGAUGGUUGGCGUGGUACAAACACAGGUCUUUUUGCUGGUGUAAGUGCGAGUCAUAGACCACAAUUAGAUGGAGAUCCUCUUGGUAUUAAUCAUCCCGAAAGUAUAAAUUGGUUACAUUAUAUGUUUGACCUGAAAGGUCCAGUCAUCAGCGUGGACACUGCAUGUGCUGCCGCUGCUUCAGCUUUCGAUGUUGCAGUGAGAAGUUUAUUGAUUGGUGAUUGUGAUCAAGCGAUUGUUCUUGCUAGUAAUCAUUGUGUUGUUCCAUACGUCGCUCAUUGUUUCAGAUCAUUUGGAAUGACAAGUAUUGAUGGUAAGUCCAAAUGUUUAGAUGCUAAUGCUAAUGGUUAUCUCAGAUCUGAAAGUAUUGUUGCGAUUUUAAUUCAACGUAAAUCUGAUGCCAAGAGAGUUUACGGUUCUCUAAUAAAUAUCGCUGUGAAUAAUGAUGGAUUCACCAAAGAAGGAAUUACUUUUCCACGACUCGAAGGUCAGAUAGAUAUUCUUAGACGAUUAUUUAAAGAUGUGCCUUUAGAUCCAGUGGGUAUCGAUUAUGUCGAAGCGCAUGUAACGGGAACUGCAGCUGGAGAUCCAAUUGAAUGUAAGGCAUUGAUGGAAACAAUGAGACCCGAUUCAGAUAAACCUCUUCUUGUUGGUUGUCUCAAAUCAAAUAUUGGCCAUUCUGAAGGUUCUUCCGUCUUAAAUGCGAUCUCAAAAGUUGUUAAGAUUUUCCAAACUGGAGUAAUUCCUGCUAAUUUACAUUUUAACGAACCAAAUCCAAAUAUCGAUGGACUGAUUAAAGGUGUUAUUAUACCAAUUCUUGAAAAUACAAGAUUCGAUGGAGAUCAUAUUUUGGUAAAUGCAUUUGGAUUUGGUGGUGUUAAUACUACCUUCAUUUUGCAAGCCAAUUCUAAAAGAAUCGAGAAGACUGAUCUAAUUUUAAGCUCCAAUAAAGUACCACGUUUAGUCAAUUUUUGCAAUCGAACUUAUGAAGGAUUGGAAACUAUCGUUAAUUUUAUUGAGGAGCAAAAAGGAUCGCUAACAAAAUACACGUUGGCACUUUUGGAUAACAUGAGUAAGAUCAAACCAUCAACAGGGUUUGAUCAUCGUGGAUAUUUACUGUUGGAUGAUGAACAAACAAUCAUUCAUCAAACAUUAAAACGAAAUGUAUCAACUGAUGAAGUGUUCCCUUGGUUAAUGUUCACUCCAAUGUUUAAUGUCUCAUCACAAUCAUUUGUUCAACUGUUGGAAGUUCCUCUAAUUUAUUCAAGAAUAAGAUCUAUGCAAACUGAUCGCUUGAGCUCAUUAGGGAUUUAUGUUAUCAAGAUUAUUGAAUCAAAUCAACAGGAUUUAAUUUCCUUCUUAAUUUCGUCAAUUGCGAUUCAAAUUUCUCUUUGUGACCUACUAACUAAGCAUUUGAAAAUUAAACCGAAAGGUAUUAUUGGUCAUUCGAUUGGUUCAAUUGCUGCUUCUUAUGCUGAUGGAUGUAUAACCGAUGAAGAUGCUCUGUUAAUCGGUUAUCAUAUUGGUGUCGCUUGUAAACAAUUCAAAGGAAAAGGAGCAAUGGCUUAUGUUAAUUUACCAUGGAGACAAAUUGAAAAGACGAAUUUUGGUUGUAUCGAAUUAGCUUCACACCAGUCGGAAGAUUGGACGUUGAUCACUGGUACUGAAGAUGCAAUUAAAAAGUUCAUCUCAUCAAUUGGACGCAAUGUCAAGACGAAUAUUAUUGAUACUAAAGGGAUUCCUUUUAAUUCAUCUUUGCUUGAAGAAGUAUCAAAACCACUUGAACUUGAAAUCAACAAAUUUCUCAGACCAUUGAAAACAAAUUCCGGACUAAAGACAAAUCUUUGUGAAAACUUUAUCAAUUCUGAUCAAGAGCAUAUCAUUGAUGGACAUUUUUUCGUUUCCUGUAUCACAGAAUCAUUCAAUUUUAAUGAAAUAAUAGAAAAGAUUGAUUCCAACUCUGUGUUAUUAGAGAUUGGUUCAAAUGUUGAGACGAGACGAUCAUCAAUCUUCUUAAUUAACAAUCGAGAAACGCUGACAAACAUUUGCAGCUAUAACCAAUCGAUUGUGCAUCUUUAUAAAAUGAUUGGUCAAAUUUAUCUUCAUGGUCUUAAUCCAAUGGUUACAAAUCUUUAUGAUCAAAUUGGAUAUCCAGUUCCAAGAGAAACUCAACCUGUUGGUCAUCUGAUUAAAUGGAAGCAUGAAAAGAAAUGGUUUGAUGCUAAAUAUGACAAGUAUUCUAAUCAACAAACUGUAUUUUCCAAAAUAGUUGAUCUUCACGACCCUUCCUGGUCAUUUCUUACUGGUCAUCAGAUAGAUGGAAGAGUUUUGUUUCCAGCAACAGGUUAUCUUUAUAUUGCUUGGCAAAUGGUCUGUAAGGCUCUGAAUCUCGAACCUAACGAAAAUCCAAUUGAAUUCUAUCAAGUUCAAAUUCUUCGAGCAACACAAUUCACAUCAACUGCAAGUCAAAUGAAAUUUGUUACCAAAAUUAACGAAGAUCUUGAAACUUUUCUCAUCUACGUUAAUGAGAGUAAAAAUGUUUGUAUAACUGGAAAAUAUCGACCUGUUGAUAAACCGACAGUAAACUUGCUACCUGUUGAUUUCAAGAAUAUCAAAGAAAACACAGAGAUUAUACUUCAAAAGAAGGAUAUUUACAAGGAACUUAGAAUUCGUGGUUAUGAUUAUUCGGGAUCAUUCCAAGGUGUAGAAGAAGCUUUUUCUAAUGGAAGUUGGGGUAUGGUCAAAGACACUGGACAUUGGAUUAGCUUUUCUGAUGCUUGUCUGCAGUUUUCAUUAUUGGCUUCGAAAUCCCGUAAGCUGAUUGUUCCUGUUUACAUUGAUUAUGUUUACAUGUUUCCCCCAGAAACAUUAAGUGCCUUUAGCGAUGAAACUGUCAGAUCAGAUUCUGAUUCUACUAAAAAACUUAGUGUUUAUUUCAAUCAAGAAACGAGAAUGGGACUCACUUGCGGUUUUAUUCUUAAAGGAUUAGAAGGCGAAGAGAUCAGAAGAAAGAUCAACACAGUAAACCACCAAAUACGAAACCAUAAUCUAAUCCCAUUUAAUUCGCACCAUAAGUUUAGCAAUGAAAAAGCAAUGAGACAACAAGAGUACAGUUUUCAAUGCAUGAAAUUGAUUGAAAAUAUUGAGAGAUUGAAAUCAAGAAAACUUGAUACAAUAGAUUGUAAUGAUCAUAUGCUAGAGAUAAUUGGAAGUGAUAAUCUUGAUGAAUCUUUUAGACAAAUUUUGAAUGAGAUUUUAGAAUCAGAAAUACAACAAUGCAAAAGUCCAAUCGAUGAUGUAGAUUUCAGCUCGAAUUUAGAUAAUGUUCUCAACCAAUAUCAUGAUGCUCUGUAUCGAGAUUUUUUCUUUUAUGAGCCAGAAAACAUUUUACUUGAACAAAUUCUGAGCAUUGCAAGAUACAAUUUAAUCAAGAAAAAAAUCUCCAUUGCAUUUUGUAAUUUCAGCCAAAAACUAUUCGCAAACGAGAUUGAAAAUAUUUUCAAUGAUUAUGGAUUCAAUACAAUGAAUCAUUUUAUAAAGAGUGAUUCUGAUUUUAAUGUAAUUUAUAUUCAGCCCAAAACACCGAAAAUGGUUCAGAAUCAAAGUUAUACGAUUUUAUUUUUAUUCGUGACAAGUCAACUCUUCUCAUGUACAAAGAUACCGAACCUGAACAAGUGCAAUCAAUACGAUCCAUUGUUGAAGAAUCUAUUUGAUUCACUAAAAGAAGGUGGAUUUUGUCAAAUUAUGACGAGAACUAAAUUAAGACCAGUCGAACAAGAAUGGCAACAAUUGAUUGGAAAUAAUCAACAUAUCAACUUUGAUUUAUCAACACUAAAAAGUAUCGCAACCGAUGCUGGAUUCACGUGGAUUUGUCACAAGGAGAUGAUCGAUGAAGGAUAUUGUUCAGUUCUACUGAGACGACCAUUCACACCUAAUCCAGAUCAACAGGUGACAUUUAUCAGAGUGAAACUUGAUAGUAAUUAUGAUUGGAUUGAUGAGAUAAAAGAAUUGUCUAAAGAUAAGAAUAAUAAAAUCUGGUUAACUGGAGGUGGUUACGAUAACGGGAUAGUUGGACUCACUAUGUCUCUGGUUAAAGAUCCACAUGGUUAUAAUUUAAGAUGUUAUUAUGAUCCAAGGAAAGGAGAUGAUGAAGAGAUAACUGUUCCUGAUGAAGUGAUGCAAAGAGAUUUGAUAGUAAAUGAAGUUGAUGAUAACGGAGAAAUUGGAUUGUAUAAAAGUGAACUUGCCAAUCUUGAUGAUAUAGAAAUCGAAACAAUGUCAUGUUAUGCUGAUAUUAAAACCAAAGGUGAUCUUUCAAGUUUGCGAUGGUUCCAAUCACAUCAUAGUAAUUGGACUCAUAUUUCUAACGAUAAGCUCAUCGAAGAUCAUGAAGAGAUAAAAAUCUAUUAUGGAUCUUUGAAUUUUCGUGAUAUUCUCGUCGCAACUGGACGAGUUCCUCUUCGUUCAUAUCCUCUUUAUGAUAGUGUUCAUUACAUGCCAUCAAUUGGUAUUGAGUUUUCGGGUAUCAAUUCGUCUGGUGAAAGAGUUAUGGGUAUUUGUAGUUCUAGUGGAUUAGCAACUUCAUCAAUAAUCCAAUCAAAUUCAUCUCGUGUCCUUGUUCCUGAAAACUGGACAUUAGCCGAAGCUGCUACAGUUCCAAUUGUCUAUCUAACAGCUUAUUAUGGUUUAAUUUCUCGAGGAAAUUUACAAUCUGGCGAAAGUGUUUUAAUUCAUGCAGGUUCAGGAGGAGUUGGUCAAGCAGCUAUUUCGAUCUGUCUAUCAAGAGGCUGUCAAGUAUUUAUUACAGUUGGAACACAAGAGAAAAGGGAUUUCAUUAAAAAACGUUUUCCUUCAAUCGAUGAUGAUCAUAUUGGUGAUUCUCGAUCGACAUCAUUUGAAGAUAUGAUUAUGAAGAUGACCGAUGGUCGAGGUGUUGAUUUGGUUUUAAACUCACUUUCUGAUGAUAAACUAAAAGCUUCAAUCAGAUGCUUAUCAGAUUUCGGUCGCUUCAUCGAAAUUGGCAAAUAUGAUAUGAUCCAAAAUACUAAAAUUGAUUCGCAAUUCAUAGAUUUCAACAAAACGUUUCAUGCUUGUUGCUUGGCUUUUCUACAAGAUGAUGUGUUCAUCAAGAUGAUUCCUGAUCGGAUAAAGGUUUGGAAUAACCUCAUUGAGAUGUUAAAACAAGGAAUCAAAUCAGGUGAAAUCGUACCUCUUCCAACAACGAUAUUCCAAAUGAAUCAGCUUGAAGAGUCGUUUCGGUUUAUGGCAACAGGGAAACAUAUUGGUAAAGUUUUGAUUCAAAUGAGAGAUGAAAAUGAAGAUCCGAAUAAAACUAAACUUUAUCGGUCAAUUGGUCAAACAUUUUUCGAUCUUGAAAGAAGUUACAUAAUAACUGGUGGACUUGGAGGAUUAGGACUCGAAGUUGCCUAUUGGAUGGUAUCAAGAGGAGCAACUAAUCUGAUUCUUACCUCACGUUCUGGAAUCAAAACAAAAUACCAAGAGUAUAUUUUAGAAAGAAUGAGAAACAAUGGUUACACUCGAGUGAAUAUUAUCAUCUCUAAUGAAGAUUGUUCCAAUUUGGAAUCGACUGAGAGGUUAAUUAAUCAAGCACAAGAAUUGGGCCAAAUUGGUGGAGUAUUUCAUCUUUCUAUGGUUCUAAAAGAUGGACUUUUCGAAAAUCAAACAGCUGAAACAUUUGAUGAAGCUGUCAAACCAAAAGCAAUCGCUUGUCGUUAUUUGGAUCAAUUAAUUCGAUCUCUACCCUACGAUAUUGAUUAUUUCGUAUGCUUUUCUUCAAUAGCUGUUGAGGUCGGAAAUAUUGCCCAGGCAAAUUAUUGUUUCGGUAAUACAGCGAUGGAAAAUAUUUGUAGGAAAAGAAGAUUAGAUGGUCUACAUGGUUUGGCUAUUCGAUGGGGAGCAGUUGGAGAUGUUGGUGUAAUUACAGAGAUGAAUUUGCCAUCCAAUGAGAUAUUGAGAUCCUUUGCCCCAAUUCGUUUGAACUUAGCAUUGGAUUCGCUUGAGAAAACUUUAUUUUCACUUGAUAAUAAUCAUCUUAUCACCAUCGUUUCCUUUCCUGAUAAAAAAAGUGCAUCAUCAAUAGGGAAUAAUUACUCAUUGAAACAGAAAAUCUUUCAUAUCCUUAGUGUUAAAGAUGCAACUAAAGUUGAUCCACAAUCAACUUUAUCUGAACUUGGUCUUGAUUCAUUGAUGGCAGUUGAAAUCAAACAAGCUCUGGAUACUGAUUACGAUUAUUCAAUGACAACCAAUGAAAUUCGAGAAUUGAAAAUUGGUGAAUUAGAUGAACUUGAAAAGAAAUUGAAAAAAUCAGAGAAGAAAAAAAUCAACUCUCCUCAUUCAUUAACUGGACUCAGAAAUAUUUUCAUUACUCCUUCGCAAUUAUUUAUCCCAUUGAAUCAAAGUGAAUCUGGAUUACCAUAUUUUUACUUCCCUGAUCAAUCAGGUCAAUUCCAUAUCGUUAUUCCAGUAUUUGAAUCAUUCUCAAAACCAGUGAUCGGCAUCAGUUGGACCAAAGACUGUCAGAAUCUUGAAUCAUUGGAUGAAGUUGUUAACUUUUAUGUGGACUCACUUAUCACCAAAUAUCCAAAUGAUAAAACAUUUAAUCUCAUUGGUUACUCACUUGGUGGAGUGAUCGCCUUGAAAGUGGCCAUUGGUUUACAAAAGAAAUUAGGUCAAAAUUCUGUUAGAAAUCUCAUCAUGAUGGAUUCAUCGCCUGAGAUAGUAAGCAACAGAAAGAGAAUCGUUAAAAAAGCAUAUGAAGAAAAAGAUGAAAGCACAGUAUUUACAUACUUUACUUUGGAUUAUCUUUCACCGUUCAUGAAAAGUGAUGAAAAAAACGAAGUGAGAACAAAACUGUUCGAGCUCAAAACAAAACAAGAAAAAUUAGAAUAUGCAACUUUAACUAUCAACAGGAUAGGAUCGUUUGAAUAUGAUGUUAACCAGAUAAGUGAUGCUAUCGACAUUUUGCAGAUAAAAUGCGAAAAACUUUCGCUAUAAACGUGGACAAAAUUUUCACGGUGAAAUUUUUUUGAUUCGAGCAACAGAACCAGAUGAAAACAAUUCCGAUUUCCAUCAUUUGGAUGAUUAUGGAUUAUCCAAAUAUACAAAUGGAGCUGUCGAGGUUUUAAAAGUGCCUGGGAAUCACGAUAACUUCAUUAUAAAUGAUUUGGGAAAAAUUAUUGACACUCUUGAGGUGCUUGCAAUGAAAACUUCUACUGGAUAAAUAAAAAGUUUGUGCUGAUAAUAAUACCUCAGGGUGAAUCUAAAAAGAACUGUUUCAAAUUCAAUUUUUUCACUAAGGAAAUUCUGCAAAAAAUUAGACUUUUAAGUUAAGAGUUGAGACUUUGUGGAUUUGUAGGGCCAAAAAUAAUAAGUCUAAAUAUGUUUAUCUUUUUUAAUCUGAUGAAUAGUUUUCGAGAAAAUCGAGUUCGAAGUUGAAACUUAAGGUCACUUUUUCUCAGCAACGAUAAGUUUUUAGAUCAUGAAAUUUUUAUUAUUGGUGGUCACAAACAAAAAUAAGCAAUGUCUUUUGUCAAACCAAAUGAAUUAAUAAUAAUGUUGAUAACAAUUAAAUUGUGUCCUACUAACUUCAACCAU